GCAGUACUGCAUGUCGAAUACUAAACAUGUUCAAAUGAGCUCACUAGAACUGUCGAAAGUCCGUUCCUUUCCUAAUUGCGGCCUCACCCAAAUCGUGUUCGGCGGAUCCCAUCAAGAUUUCAACUUCAAUGCAGCGCCACCGUCGGGCUCCGUCAAUAUAACUGCGUUCUCGUAAUUAAUUGAACGCAACUUGGCCGAGCAAUAUUCAGUUACAACUGUGCUCAUCAUGGACCACGAUGUUGACGACGAUACCCUAAUCAAUCUGGAAGCGGGUCUACAUCCUCAACAAGGUCGUACCCAAGAUGCGUCCAACUCUGACUCUUGGUUAACCACUAUGAAUAGCAGCUUUACGCGACUCCUCACCCUUGGCAUUUUUCAAAACCGAGUUUCAAGCCAUCACCAUGGUGUACCAAGCUAUGCGGAGGAUGUUGACAACGUUAUGCACGCGAAUGACGAAGACCUGACCGGGAUGAAAAUCAUGUUCCAAAUGGAUUCCUUUCCGACCAACUUUGUCACUAUGGAUUGCAGCAAACAGACCGGAGUGUUUUGUGUCUCCCCCAGCAAUGCAGCGCCCCCCAGUCAUUUCCGUUUUGAAUCACCUAUCACAUCGCCACCAUCUGCGACUUCAAGCAAUACCCCUCUGCUCACUCCGGAUUCUUUCGUUGGUAUCCUGGAUUCUACGUCACUGGAGAUCGCCGACACUCAGUCCGGCCUCGCAUUUCCUUUGCAUAUUUCUCACAGGAGUCCGACGCUGUCCCUAGAGCAUAGAUGUUCUAUCAAUGAUGGGAAAAUGUCGGAGCGUCCUCGAGUGAGCUGUAUUAAAAUUACAAGAAAUUCCGGACCACUGCUAAGACCGAGGUCAUCUUUUGUCAUAACUGUGACCGACUGCGACACGACUAAUGUUACAAACGAUAGAUGAAAAGGUAAACGAAUUCAGUAUUUCAUGGUGAU